CUUUGCGAUUCGAUACAGCGAAGUGGUUAAGAAGUCUAUCGUGUGCCAUAAGCUGACUGGAAUAUUUCUCGAAACUCUUUCAUCUAAUGACGUAAUUGGAGAAGAGAUUGGAAAGGUGCUUGGAGACGUUGCAAUCGCGCAAUUAUCCCCCUCCCGAGAUGUGCAGAUGCGGGGAAGAAUAGUGCAAGCGAUGUCGCAGUGUGGGUAGUAGGUAGUGUAUAACACCUUCUGAUAUCAUUCAGUUCUUUGGAGUCCCUCCUCUUGAAUACACAAACAAACAACUUGAAACAAACAAACAGUAAAGGCUACUUUGUUUGCUUGAAAGCCUCCCCGCCCUUACCUUUACCUGAUCAUCGGAUCUUGCACCCUGUGAUCACUGUACUCCAACUUACUGCCACAGGCCAUUUACCCACCUCAACUUGCAUUCCGAACCAUGCCGGCGAUGCAUCAAGCCCCGCCCUGGGCAACCGAGAUCAAAGCACUCACCUUUGAUGUCUUCGGCACCUGCGUAGCCUGGCGGGAAAAGGUUGCCUCCACCCUUGCUUCGGCCACCGAGACCAAGCUUUCUUCCGCUUCAGCCUCCAACGCCACGUCAUCGGACACGCCACCGUCUGACCAAGUCCUCUCCCGCGCCCGCUCCCUCACCCGAGAGGACUGGGCCCAUUUCGCCCAGGAAUGGCGCCGGGCCUACGGGGAUUGGACCCGCUCCUUCGUCCCCGACGAAACACCCUGGAGGGACACCGACACCUUCCACCACGAUAGUCUCGUCGACCUGCUGGCUAAGUGGCAGCUGGACGGCCUCUUCACCCCGUCCGAGGUCGAGAAGCUCAGCCUUACCUGGCACGACCUCCCGCCCUGGCCCGAUACUAUCCGGGGUCUGCAUCUGCUCGGCUCACGGUACCACACGGUCGCCUUGACCAAUGCCAACCAGGCCACCCUUAAGGAUCUGAACAGCCAGAAGGGCGUCGACGGUAGCUCGCCGCUAGGGUUCCAGCGCUUGCUCUCGUGCGAUAUGUACCGGGCGUACAAACCGAACCCAAAGGUGUACCAGGGCGGGCUGCGGGACUUGGAUCUGCAGCCCAGAGAGGUAGCGAUGGUGGCGGCGCACUUGGGUGACUUGGGGGCUGCCAAGAAGGAGGGGAUGCGGGCCAUCUAUGUUGCGCGACCCGGCGAGCUGGAUUUUGACGCCGAUGAGGAGAAGCUCAAGAAAGCCAGAGAGUGGGUGGAUAUCUGGAUAGAUGAAGGUGAAGGGGGCAUGGUGGAGGCGGCAAGAAGAUUGGGCAUCAACGUCGACAUCGACGAUGGCGAUGUGGCCAGAGUCCUAGGCUGAGUGGCCUGUUGUCCUGGUCCAGACCAUCGGCAAUCUGCGCUGACCGCGGUCAGCCUUCGAGAAGGAAAUGGCGCUUCCGCUUUCCUUCCGUCGGGAUUCGGGACCCGGAUCGGGAUGC